AUGGCGCUAGAAUCGAACCCGUGCGAAGAACCGCGUACGCACACGCUACGCGUCCCGCUCACUUCUCCGCCCUCCUCGCCCUUCAAGUCAGGAUGAAUCGACUAUCGCGCUUCUCCGAUCUCAACCUUAACUAGAAAAGACAGCAGCAGCCUUUCUUCUUCGGACUCUAUCACUUCAUCAUCUUCACGGGUUGACGUGAAGAAAGAGCUAGCCAAGAUUGUCAUAAGUCCGAGCGAUAGAAAUUUCGAACUGCUGACUGGGAACGCCCAGAACAUCCUACUCGGGUAA